AUGGAUUUCAAGCACCCGACUGCGAAGAAGCCCCUGCCAUACGAAGACGAUCUGCAUAGCUAUGUUCCAACGGCGUCCAACCCACCUACGUCGACGCGGUCCAACAGGGCCCCCAUAGUUGCUGCUCCCGACCCACGGUACGAAAAGCUCCAGCAUAGCUAUGUUCCAACGCCUUCCAACCCACCUACGUCGACGUGGUCCAGCAGGGCCCCCAUAGUUGCUGCUCCCGACCCACGCGAAGCGGACCAGGAGAACGAUUCUAAGAAGUUCGCCUGCCCGUUCUAUAAGUUGGAUCCGGUCACCCACUUCUCUUGCCUUACCCGUCAAGAUCUAUCACAGACCAACCAUGUUCGCCAACACCUCAACCGCAGCCACGUGGCCUCUCAGCAGUGCCCGACCUGCCACAUCACGUUCGAGAAGACCGCCGACUGGAAUAGGCACGUAAGGGGUCGAGGGUGCGAGCCACCUGCGGCCGGGACCAGCUACACCAACAUGACAGCCGACCAGUCGGACAAGAUAUCACGUCUCCCGCGGAAUUACAAUGCGAAAGAGCGCUGGUACAUGAUGUGGGAUGUCUUGUUCCCAGGCAUGCCGCGGCCGCCAAGCCCCUAUGUUGACGAUAUUCGGGUGGAGUGUACCCGUGGCCCCUUGAUUGACUUCUUCAAGGCCAAUGGCCUUUCGCGGUUGUUGGAAGGCGCUCGCCAGGCACAGAGCCCCGGCGAGGAGGCAAUCCUUCUGGCGGAACUUAUUGUUACUUUUAUGCAAAACCAAAUCAAUCAUCACGUCCCGGUUGGGACCCUGCCGGCCCCGCCAGCCGCCGUCGCCCCGGCGUUAGUCAUGGAGUCUUCGCCUCCUGAACCGCACGACCGGCUGGACAACCCACCUCUCGACGGAGAUGUCGUUCCUAUGGGCCUAGACCCUCCCAACCAAUCUUUCGAUGGAGACGCCGUCAUUGUGAGCCUAGACUCGCACAACCCGGGCAUUGGUGAAGAUACCACCCCGUUCCAGAUCACCCAAAACUUCCAAGGCACCCAAGCCUCCCAAAGCGCCCCAACCUUCCUGCCACCCCCGAUGAUGUCGGGCGCACAAUCGGCAGGAUGGGCCAAUACGAUGGCCAGCGGCAACAUGAACCUCGGGCAGGUGCCAAACACUACCUUGGCCUCCAGCCAAUUCGCUUUUCCGAGCUAUGAUUAUCGGGAAACGAUAUUCCAGGAUAGUUGGAACGAGCGACUCGCCCCCGUCUCCUCCUCAAGCCCAGGAACACUAUUGUCCACCGAACACAUGGCUGCUCCAGCCGCGGCCGGGGUUAUGGACAGCGCGGGCGACCUUUUCAGCCCCACUGCGGGCUUUGGCGAGAAUUCCUUCCCACCCCUACCAGUUGAUCCUUAUCCCCAACCUGCUCAGGGGAACGGUGACAUGGGAUAUGCAACGGUGACCGGCUUUGCCAGUUUUGACCUCCAUUCUGGAAACAGCCUGGCCCAAACUAGCAAUGGCGGCCCGUUUUCGAUCCCCGAUGAUCCGAGCUGGUCCGAGGAGGCGGAUCUUAGUAUGGAAGGCUUCGGCUUAGAUGGCACGCACCCCGCUCGACCACCCCACGGCCCGUCAUGA